UGUUUAAAACCCUGGUGGUGCGUCCUGAUCGUCAAAUAUUCCUCAACUGUCUUGUCGCUUGCCGUUUCAUCAACUCAUCACGAUGGCUUCACUGAAACUUCUGUUCGUGCUUCUGCUGCAGCUGGUCUUUGUGCUGGCUCUCCCAGCCGACAAUAACCACGUGGAAAUAGUGAACCCUCUGGACAACUCCAAGCUGUCGACGACCCCGGCUCUGCUGGUGCACAUGGGGGCUGACGGCGCUGCCCCGGGCGCCUUCGCCGAGGGCGCGGCUGCCCUGGGCGGGUGCACCAACGCCCUCUGCGCGCAGAUCUGCCGCGCCCUGGGCUGGGGCGGCGGCUACUGCCUCAGCUCCACCGACUGUCUCUGCUACCGGUAGAGAGUUCAGCUGGGAGAUAAUUUUGAACCACACGCCUUUAUAGACGGCUGUUAGUAGCGUGUCAUAAAUAUAAUAGUGACCAUUUUGCAAUGUAUUUUGGCGUAUAUCACUGCAAAGGCGUGUGGAUGAGAAGUACCUUCUCGGAUUCUUUCGUAUUCGGAUUUUUCUUCUUUGGUAAAUAAAUGUAUUGGUUAAAAGAAAA